AUGUUCACCAGGAAACAGAGGAGUCAGCACAGCACGGCCUACACCGGAGUUGGCCAUAGUUCCACCAAUAACCACCAGCCCAAUUCAGGAGCGUUGGCGGCGGCUUUAACCAUUGGGAACACGUUGAAGCAGCAAAAUGCUGCUCGAGGCGUGCCAGCUCGUUCUCCUCGACUGGGUGGUGGUGGUGGUGCAAACAUAGCCACGCCACUGUCGAAUUCGAGAAAUGGAAGUCUCUUGAAACGUGGUAGCAGAGCCAAUAUGGACCAGUCGUAUACUACUCCUGCUGCCGCCAACUUGUCAAGCAGAAGAUACUCAAAUGGGUCGAACGCCACCGACCGCAGCACACUCGAGGGCUCGUCGUACAACCCCGUGGUUUACGACGUGGACGACACGUUGAAUGACUCGUUCUUGGACGAGAUCACUGAAGAGUCGACUCGGGUCUACCUUGACAACAAGGCCAACAUGCGGGAUCUAAAGCUUCCUACUGUGGGCGAAUCGCGAAAUACCAAAGCAGGCCGUGCCACUUCUUCUUCUUCUUCUCCGUCGUCGUUGUCGGCGCAGCCCGUUAGAAUGGUGAAGAAAUACAUACCGAGCUCAACCGGUAUCAAGGUGAUUGAGGUUCCAGAGACAACCAUUCAGAAAGAAAUGGCCAGAUCCAAUUCCAUGAGAAUGAAUCCAUACAGAACGAGCUCUCUCCGGUUAUCCUCCUCCACUAAACCCCCUUCACGGUCAGGCUCAAUGACAAGCAUCGCAAAACGGGCCUCGACUGCAACUCCGCAGGCGAACGUGAAGCCAAAGCCGAAACAACAAGCCACCGCUUCGAGAGCCAUCCCCGACUUGAGCGAGAAUGUAAAGUUGGAAGAGUCUCUCGGUAAGCAAUCGGACCACGAUGCUCAGGAGGUGAAAUUGAAGGCCUUGGAAGCACAAAUAAAGAGAGAAAAAGAGUUGGCUAAGGAGUUGGAACUCAAAAAGCUCGAGUACGAGCGAUUAAGCAAGUUGAGACACGAAAAUGAGCAAGCAUUAAAGAGUCUAGAAAAUGGAGCAGAGCUACAUAUUCCUGAUAAGGCUAGAUCAUCAACAAACAAUGCAAAAAACAACUCGCACGAUAGAGCAGAGGCUCUACAGGACAUAGCCAAGCAUAACCGCAUUGAAGUAGCGGCACCUAGUGAGACAAAGGAUGAGGAUCCGACUGCAGUCGAGUCAGACACAUCAGAAUACGAGGUCCUUGAACCCGUGCACUUGCAAUCGACCGAGAAUGGCACCGGUGUUGGUGCUGAAGCAAAUGUGCCCAAGGUUGGCAAGGGCGAGGAUUGGAAGGAGGAGAUACAAGUCAUGAUAUCGUUGCACUCAAACUUGGAUGAACCCGAGACGAUUCAAAAGCCGCAGUUAAAAACUUUAGAGAGUACUAAGGACUUGGAAGAAGAUGAGUUUUUAGAGGCUGAGCUCAGCGAGGAUGCAGUUGGUGGAUUAAGCUCUCAUUCGAACCAGGUGCACCGAGAACACUCGGUUCCGGGAACCGCCGACUCUUCCCUUUCCAGUGCAAGAGAUGCAGAGCCAAGACGAGAGCUGGACGAAGAAAUCAAAGCUGGAGAUAGUGUUAUUACAGUCCCUGUCUCCAUAUCCGUAUCCAAACCUGAACCUGAAUCUGAAACUGAACCUGAACCUGAACCUGAACCUGAACCUGAAUCAUUUGAGCCGCCUUCGAGACCCGUGAUUGUAUCGCAUCCAAGUGACCUGAGCUCAAAAUCGGCAUUGGCAAAGCCACUCAAACCGGCCAUGAAGUCAGCCAUGAAGUCCACAUCGUCUUUCUCCCAACUACCGCAACCAACCACCCCUUCAAAGCAACAACAGCAACAACAACAACACCAGGCUGCUAAAAGCAAUGCGGCCCAGCAAGCGUAUCUUUCACUAACCACGGCUGAAAACACCAGAUUGAACUCCAAGUCAUCCAAUCUAUCAAACUCAAGCUCUCAAGUUUUUAACAAUAGAAGUCCAACUAACCAAACGAGAGUACUCAAUAGUGGUUACCGCGACGAUUACACCAACUUGGGUGGCGUGGAAGGCGGAGCCUAUCCUCAAUACUCCAACAACAAUUCUGCAUUACUGAGACCUCAGCAAAAGAGACUUUCACAACAAACAUUGCGCAGUAGCGGUGCUCAACCUCAACAGCAGGGUCAGCAUAGAUAUGAAAACCGCGAGGCUGGCAUGAGCGGGAGAAUAAUGCGUCAUAGCGCCCACGUGCAGCCUAUGAAGCCCCACCCUGCGCUUCAGCCAAACUACGUGUCCCCUUCAAAGAUCAAGGCCCAGGAGUUGUACGCUAAAGCUCAAGCGCGCCCCUACUCGAACUUUGCGCCGUUGAAGAAGCAAUCAUCGUUUUAUAGAAGUGAGAACGGGAACGGAAACGGAAACGGAAACGGUGCGGCCGGCCCAGCUGGUGCAGCUGGUUUGGCAGGUGAACAGGCUUUGGGAGCAGGAGGAGCCAAUCAGGUACCACAUCGCACGACGUUGCGUUCCCCUGCUCCUCCAACGGCGAUCCCAAAUAAUGUAUCAAAACCACUAUUUGCAAACUCGGAUGCGACGAACCACCACUACCAUCACCAUAACAACCACCAGGGGCAAAGUCAAGUUGGCGCUCCUUCCAGCGGCGGGGGAUUCAGAUCAAGAUUGCAGGACUCAGAUGAUGAUUUACCCAAGCUUGGAUUAGGCAGAAACUUCAGGUCAAGGUUCAACGACUCGGACGACGACUUGCCCAACUUGUCGGGCUCCUCCGUUGGCACUUCGGUGUACAACCAGCCAUCCGUAUCGGCACCCACGCACAUCUCCAGUCGACCACCGACGCUGGCCCCUGCGUCGCAGCCCAUGGGGGAGAUCAAGAGUAUUUCCCACACGCAUCCAAAGGAAAAGAAGAAGUUUGGCAAAUUGAGAAAGCUUUUCGGCCUGAAGUGA